AUGUGGGACCCACGGAAAGCUGUGACUGCUCUCCCGCGCUCUUAUAAAAUUUACUCCGCAGUCCCUUUGGCCUUUUCACAAAUAUUUCCCCCAUUUUUUAUUUUUCUCCUCUUCACAACGCAGGCUGUAAAAGGGUUUGGCAAUCAUUUUGAAGUGAUGGACUACGUGAAUGGACCGGGAAGGAACCACCUUUUUGUGCCGGGGCCGGUGAAUAUCCCGGACCAGGUCAUUCGUGCUAUGAGCCGUAACAACGAGGAUUACCGGUCACCGGCUGUUCCUGCACUUACUAAACUGCUUUUGGAGGAUGUCAAAAAGAUUUUCAAGACCACUUCUGGGACUCCUUUUCUCAUUCCCACAACAGGGACGGGUGCAUGGGAAAGUGCGCUGACGAACACACUGUCUCCCGGAGACCGUAUAAUUUCUUUCCUGAUUGGUCAGUUCAGUCUGCUGUGGAUCGACCAGCAACAGCGCCUCAAAUUCAAGGUUGAUGUUGUGGAGAGCGAGUGGGGCCGCGGUGCGGAUCUCGAUGUUUUGGCCUCCAAAAUAGCCGAGGACAGUGCCCACACUAUCAAGGCCAUCUGUAUUGUCCACAACGAGACAGCAACUGGUGUUACUAACAACCUGGCUACUGUCAGAAAAAUACUCGAUCAUUACCAGCACCCAGCAUUGAUUCUGGUUGAUGGUGUGUCCUCGAUAUGCGCGCUCGAUUUCCGCAUGGAUGAGUGGGGAGUGGACGUGGCCCUCACUGGCUCCCAGAAGGCACUUUCCCUGCCGACUGGGAUGGGCAUAGUGUGUGCGAGCCCCAAGGCGCUCGAGGCCGCCAAGACUGCGAAAUCAGUGCGUGUGUUCUUCGACUGGGCCGACUACUUGAAGUUCUAUAAGAUGGGGACUUAUUGGCCAUACACACCUUCCAUUCAGCUUCUCUAUGGGCUGAGGGCCGCUCUCGACCUUCUCUUUGAGGAGGGGCUCGAGAAUGUUUUUGCCAGGCAUGCCCGCCUUGCUAAGGCUACCAGGCUUGCAGUAGAGGCAUGGGGCUUGAAAAACUGCACUCAGAAGGAGGAAUGGUACAGUGACACCGUCACUGCAGUUGUCGUCCCUUCUUACAUAGACAGCUCAGAGAUCGUCAAGCGCGCCUGGAAACGUUACAACUUGAGCUUGGGCCUCGGCCUUAACAAGGUUGCCGGCAAGGUUUUCAGAAUAGGGCAUCUUGGGAAUCUGAAUGACCUACAACUGCUGGGCUGUCUUGCUGGUGUGGAAAUGGUGCUCAAAGAUGUCGGCUAUCCGGUAAAGCUCGGCAGUGGCGUCGGGGCUGCCUCUGCAUACUUACAGAACACAAUUCCUUUGAUUCCUUCAAGGAUUUGA